GAGAGAGAGAGAGAGAGAGAGAGAGAGGGAGUUCAUAUAUAACGUGCAAAUUGCGAUUCGAUCUCGACUGCUUUCUGUCACUCGCGUACACCUUCGCGUGUCGUUGCUUUUCUUCGAUUAGUUUAAUGUUCGAGCGAUAAGUGGAUAAAUUUUAAAAGUAAUUCUAGGAUCGUUCAAUAUUUUUUUCCUUUCUUUUCUUUCUUUCCCUUUUCUUCUUUUUCAACGAUUAUUAAUGAUUCGCGUUAGUUACUUGUGGUAUAGUCGACAGAGUCAGUUUCAUUUUUAACUCAACUAAUUUCGACGGACGAACGCGUUCUCUUUUCCUUUCGAAAUGGAGGAAGAGCGAGCGAGCGAGCGAGAGAGAGAGAGAGAGAGAGAGAGAGAGAGAGAGAGAGAGAGAGAGAGAGAUGUCGAAAAAAAAUAUUUACAGAUUACUUCGAUUAAUCUUCGGAGUGAUGUAGCCGUACGUACUUGAAUACACCUUUUACACUUGCCCCUGCACUAGAUAAAGUGAAAAUAAUAUCUAUCGUUUUUUCCUUUUUGUUCCUUCUUUAAACGACAAGCAAGCUUCAUUUAUUUGACCUACUUGCGAAAGUAAAUUCGAAUAAAUUGAAAAGAAUUGCUGAUGAGCACAAACACAAGAAUAGGAAGUAAGCAGUAGAUUGACAUUAUUUGUUGGACGAACGUUUGCUGUGUGCGCCUUCCCAUGGAAACGAUUCUUUGAGGAAAAUAAAAAAAAAAAAAAAAGAAAAAAAGAAAAAGAGAAAAGGAAACAAGUUGAAACAUGAUCAUCUAUGAGAUUCGUUCUGCAUUCGUUCAUCCAUCCUCGAGCGACAACUUUUCAACUUAAGACGUAAGUGUACGUAAGAAAUGUUCUUAUAACGUCCAUCGUAGCCGCUGGAUCGAACAAACUAGCAUUGAAUAAAAAGACAAAAGAUAUAUUUUUGUUAUCGGACAACAAUAACGAUUAAUAACGUUUUCUUCGUACCGUAGCAUACGAAAUGCAGCCAAAGGAGAAAAGCAGCCGGAGAAAAGCAGCCGGAGGAGAAGCAGCCGGAGGAAAAUUGCAGCGUGGAAAUUGUGACAAAGGAGAAUAAACUACAAUGCCUGAAUGAUUAUUGACUGUCGUUGCUGCAACGGGUUACGAGAUGAUAUCCUUUUGAUUAAAAUUUCUUUUUGAUUUCCAUCCUCGGCCGAAGAGAUGACGUAUUUUCGUGCAUCGAAUUACGAAAGGAAAAAAAAGAGAAGAAAAAGAAACGAAAGGAAAAAGAAAAGAAAAAAGAACAAACAAAACGAUACUUGCUUCUUACGCGAUACAAAGAAACACGAAAUAAUGAGAUUAACCUUUUCGUCUGGUUUCCGUAUAAUCCUAGGUAAGAAUCUGACCUCGAUUUCAAAUGCUUUUUCCUUUAUUUACAGUGACGAAAGUGUAGCUCCGAUGUCAUCGCGCAUCACUUUGUAAUCCGUCACGUUGAAGGAUUUAAUAAUUCGAGCGUUAAUUAAUUUUCCUUAAAGUUGAUUUUGGCACGUUGAAUCAUUCGCCGAGUCGAGCAUACCUUUUAUUUCUUUCUUUCUUUCUUUUUUCAUGGCUCUCUCAGCAAUAUACAAGCGGUAUAUCGCGAAGGCCGGUUGCAUAAAUUAAACUCGCACGGUUUCGUGGAUCUUGCACCUAGAUAAGUAGUUUCCAUGCUGAAAACCAAGAGAAUGCACUUUAAUAUCCCUAUCGCAAAGCACGAUAACUUUAAGAAGAAAGAUAAUGAAGGUAAUAAUGCAUCCGAUUUCAAGCGAUUAAAUCGUAUUCGUACCGAUUUUACGAACUUUCGUCUUGCCUUUUUUGUAUUUUUACACGUCGCGUAGAUUUCUUCUUUCCAAUUCGUUUCUAAAAAGAAGCAGAGAAAACUGAAUGUGUCAUUUAAGUAACUAAGCUUUCGAGGGAAAAAAGAUGCCUGGGAAUAUCUCAUCUCGGGUCGCAGCCGUGGUUCCAAAAACCUUUCGCCAUGUACGACAAGUCCGCCAGUUGAAGUCCGAUUACUGCAUCGAUCUUCUCAGGGAACCGCAACGUAUUCUGAACUUGAAAUCAGAGAGAGCCUUACUAUAACAAAUAAACUCCUUCGAAUGAAGAAGUACUAAUGGGGAAUGAGUUGGAAGAUUGGACCAAUAAGUGUGUUCGGCAAUAUCAGAUCGGAUAUUCGACCAUUUACCGACUUAUUCUUUUUUACUUCUAUAAAGGACGGAACUAACAACAUUUUGUACGUGUAAGUAGAAACGAGUAAGGCAUAUCGGAAUAUAACUGACUAGAGAAGAAUUGAGCGUUGCGAUCCUAAGGACAAGUUCUUUAUUGUCACUUUUUACCUCGUGCUUUUCAAAUUUAAUCGUAGCUCCAAGAAUAAUUCAAUGCUUUGGUCUCCGUUUCGUCUUAUCUGAAAGCACAGGAUACGAAAGAGAUUUUUGCUGAAAAUGUUUGGAAAAUCGAUUGCGGACAUGUAAUGUAGUGAUAAACGAUGCAAUCGGAUUGAAUUGAAAGGUACAUGGAUCACGUUAACACUCGUAGGCAUAACUUCUUCAUCUCGAAAUAUGAUAUUUCGUUUUUUACAUAUCCGACGUACACAUAUGGCAUAUUAUAUCUCAAGCAUAAUAUUAUCAUGGGGAUAUAAAAGAAAAAAGAAGAAAACAAGACAAACUAAAACUCUACAAAUGGUUUUAUCUAAUCGGUAUCGGAGUUAAGUCCUUAACGUCGACCCAUUCGAUUACGGUUUACCAUUAACCGAAGGACCCUAUUUAUGUAUUUCCUGGCUCGUCCAAUUAACGAAGGACGUUUAUGCAGUAAACGAAAAUUUUCGGAAUAAUUGUUAAUCGGAACGUAUCUGUCGGAUGUCAAAAUAAACGAAGGAGAAAUAUAAGAAGAAAGGGAAUGUUGUUAACGAUCGGAUAAUAAUUAGGAUGUCAAUAAUAUAUAGAUCCUUUGUAAAAAUAAAGGCAAGAAAGUCCAAAGGAUUGAUUGGGUCAUCCCCGAGGCAACCGAUGGGGCAAACAAAAAUAAGCGAAGCACCGAGCAUAGUUCCAGUUCGAAUACUAGUCUUGUCCGGAGAAGAGGCCUUGCCCGAUAAUAGACCUUCGCAUAGACGAAUAUCGUGUGCCCAUCAUUUCUAUAAGCCUUUGUCAAUCGUCAAAUCAAUUUGCGACGCGAAUAGAGAAUCUAGAAGGGAGGGGCAAGGAUCCUGGGCAAGGAUCUUAUUUGAAAUUGAAACGAAAGCGUUUAACGGUGCGAUCCUCGACCAUGAACUUUGCCUUUCCUACGUUAAUCACCUUCGUCAUUUAUGUUCUUUCGCCUAAAUACGGUCAAAGUCCGGUCGAUGCUCAAGCAAUGGUAAAUAAGGCGACGAGGAAAGGCAUCGUAACGAAUUCAAGACCGGUUAAUAUCUUCGUGAUCAACGACGAGGCCAACGAGAUAGCUAACGCGAGCAUAGAGGCGGCCCUGAAAACGCUUCGUGAUAAAUAUCAAGGUCACUUAGGUCAAGUUUAUUCGGUGCAAGCGAACGGAUCCGAUCCCCAGGAUUCUCUCCAUCGGAUAUGCGACGCUUGGGAAAAUGCAAUCGGCAAGAGUACGGGGAACGCACCGGAUUUCGUUUUAUCAACGGCGAUCGCCGGUUGGACCGUAGAAGCGUCGAACUCGUUCUCGAGUGCACUCGGCUUGCCAACGUUGUCCGGCCAAUUUGGACAAGAGGAGGACUUGCGUUAUUGGAGUAACUUGGACCAAGAGAAGAGGUCCUAUCUCGUGCAGGUAAUGCCUCCGGCUGAUUUGGUGCCCUGGAUCAUUCGAAAAUUGGCCAUUUACCUUAAAAUCACAAACGCCGCGAUAUUAUUUGAUCGUAACUUUGACAUGAGCUACAAGUACAACAGUCUCCUGCUGAACGUGCCGACGAGACACGUGAUAAACAACAUCGCGGAAACCGUCGACGCCAUGAAGGAACAACUUUCGGGUAUGCGAGAUUUGGACGUUGUGAAUUAUUUUAUUCUGGGUGAGGGAAAGACCAUUGACAUGGUUCUUAAAACUGCGGAAGCUUUAAAUUUUACCGGUCGCAAGUACGGUUGGUUCGCCUUGACCAUGGAAAAAGAUAUCUGGCCAAAUUGCAAUUGCAAAAAUAUCAGUCUCCUAUUCAUGAAACCGGAAUUGAGAGAGACGGAUGAUACGUCGAGCGCCGACGAUUCUCUCGAAGCUAUUCUACCUAGUCCCUUUUUAUCGUCCGCCUUUUAUUACGAUUUGACAUUGCUCGGCGUUGAAAGCAUGAAAUCGGCGAUAGAACGCGAGGAGUGGCCGGUCGUACCUUCUCAUAUCGGUUGCGAUGAUUACAACGGCAACAACACACCGAGCAGAAAUUUUGAUUUUCUCGAGAAGCUUCGGGCUACGUCGAAGAAUAUGACGCCAACUUAUGCAGCUUUCAAAUGGGGCGAAAAGAAUGGAGAGCACGGGGUCGAUUUUCGAAUGUCCAUCAAUUUGGUCUACAUCGAGAAGGAGACGUUGACUUCCACCGAGAGUACCGGAAGUUGGUCGGCUGGAUUAGACUCACCGUUGGAGGUCAUCAACAAUGUCAUCGUAAACAGCACGGCGGUGACGAGCUACAGGGUCGUGACGGUUAUCCAUCCGCCGUUCGUCAUGUACAAGGAGGAGACAGGCGAGUGGUAUGGGUUUUGCAUCGAUCUACUCAACGAGAUACGCCAGACCGUCGAGUUCGAAUACGACAUACGACCGAUAGAUGAUUACGGCGAGAUGAGCGAGAAUGGCAGUUGGAACGGUAUGAUAAAAGAGCUAAUGGAGAAACGAGCGGAUAUCGCGCUCGGCACUCUCUGGGUUAUGGCGGAGAGAGAGAAGGUCGUUGACUUUACCGUCCCUUAUUACGAUCUCGUUGGUUUAACGAUAAUGAUGUUGAAACCAAAAACUCAAACGUCCCUUUUCAAGUUCCUCACUGUCCUGGAAAACGAGGUUUGGUUUUGCAUACUCGCCGCUUACUUCUUCACGAGCUUCCUCAUGUGGGUCUUCGAUCGUUGGUCACCCUACAGCUAUCAAAAUAAUCGUGAAAAGUAUAAGGACGACGACGAGAAGAGAGAGUUCAAUCUGAAGGAGUGUCUCUGGUUCUGUAUGACCUCGUUGACACCCCAGGGCGGUGGGGAGGCACCAAAAAAUCUCUCGGGACGUCUCGUCGCUGCUACCUGGUGGCUCUUUGGUUUCAUCAUAAUCGCCUCUUACACGGCGAAUCUUGCCGCGUUUCUCACGGUCUCUAGGCUCGACACGCCGAUCGAAUCUUUGGACGAUCUUAGCAAACAAUAUAAGAUACAGUAUGCGCCAGUUAAAAAUUCUGCGGCGUAUAUUUACUUCGAGAGGAUGGCUCACAUCGAGGCUCGAUUUUACGAAAUAUGGAAGGAUAUGAGCUUGAACGAUAGCUUGUCGGAAGUGGAAAGGGCAAAAUUGGCCGUCUGGGAGUAUCCCGUCAGCGAUAAGUACACGAAAAUGUUUCAGGCUAUGAAAGAGGCUAAUUUCCCGGCUACCGCGGAAGAGGCAAUUAGACGGGUUCUUCGUAUUGAUUCGAAUAAUGAAUUCGCCUACAUCGAGGAUGCAUCGACGAUCAAGUAUCUCGCUAUGACGAAUUGCGAUGUUAUGCAAGUAGGAGAAGAAUUCUCGAGGAAGCCUUACGCUAUUGCCGUGCAACAAGGCUCACCGUUGAAGGAACAAUUUAACAAUGCCAUUUUAAUAUUGUUGAAUAAGAGAAAAUUGGAGAAACUAAAGGACAAAUGGUGGAAACGUAAUCCCGAAAGGAAGGACUGCGGGAAGGAGGACGAGCAGAGCGAUGGUAUUAGCAUUCACAAUAUCGGUGGUGUCUUCGUAGUGAUUUUCGUGGGCAUCGCUUUCGCUUGUUUAACAUUAGCUUUCGAAUAUUGGUGGUAUCGUUAUCGACCAAAAGCCAUUAAAGCCUCGAGUCGGCAAAUCGCCUCGACUCCGAACGGCAAAGCUGGGAAAGCCGUAAGACCAAUAAGAUUCAAUUUACAACCGGCACCCACUCAAGGCUUUCAAGCCGCUCGAUUUAAGUCGAGGUUUUGAAUGUAUCCUGCUUUAUACACAUGCAUACGUACUUUAUACACAUCAUACAUAUCGAUAUGAGUUUUUGCGUUAUAUGAGUUGUGCGCGCAUGGCCGCUCUGUAUAUCUUAUCAUAUCGCCGAUAUAUUCAUAUUUAUCUAUCGAAUAUUGUGUCUCAUACGUCAGUAUGGCUCUAAAAGAUUUUCUAAUUAAAAUAGAAUAUUGCCUUUCUCAA